AUGAUGGAAGCCCUCCUCAUCCUCCUGCUUGUGGCGGGUGCCAAUGCCUGUGGAAAUCCCACCUAUCUUCCAUACACCAGGGUAGUCAAUGGAAUCAAUGCAAGACCAUAUAGCUGGCCCUGGCAGGUUUCCUUGGAAGUGAAUAGGGGGACGUAUUAUUCCCACACCUGUGGAGGAAGCCUCAUUGACAGUAACUGGGUGGUAACUGCAGGUCACUGCAUCAGCUCAGGCCGCUCUUACCGUGUGGUACUUGGUGAGUACAACAGGAGCAUGGAUGAAGGUCCAGAAGAGGUGAUAGAUGCAGCAAAGAUCUUUGUUCACCCUCAGUGGGAGCCUAGCUGCCUGGCCUGCGGGAAUGACAUUGCUCUUAUCAAACUUACAAAACCGGCAACUCUGAGUGACAAGGUCAAGCCAGCUUGUAUUCCUCCAGCCGGUGAGAUAUUUGAAAAUGGCUUUCCCUGCUUCGUCACUGGAUGGGGCAGACUCUACACCGGUGGCCCCACUGCAGCAGAGUUGCAACAAGCACUACUGCCAAUUGUUGACCAUCAGACGUGCAAGCAAGUUGACUGGUGGGGGAACAGUGUGAGAACUACCAUGGUUUGUGCCGGAGGGUAUGAGAAGUCUGGCUGUAACGGAGACUCUGGUGGCCCUUUGAAUUGCCAAGGCGCUGAAGGAUUGUGGUACGUUUUUGGUGUAGUCAGCUUCGGGUCAAGUAGAGGUUGCAACACCCCUCAAAAACCCACAGUCUUCACCCGGGUGUCUGCUUUCAACUCUUGGAUAGCUUCGCUCUGUCCUUACUUCGACUCCUGGCACCCGAAGACCAACCACAUCGACUCCUGGUGCGGCGAGGACCCGAGCAGCGAGGCCUAG